AGUCAAAGCUGUGAGAAUGAACUUCACCAGGGUGGGUUUUUUUUGUUCUCUUGCAGGGUUUGGGCCCUUUGGAGAGCACGCUGUGAAUGCCAGCUGGAUUGCAGUGCAGGAGCUGGAGAAGCUGGGCCUGCGGGAUGACGUGGAUCUGCACGUCUACGAGGUCCCUGUUGAGUACCAGACAGUGCAACGACUCAUUCCUGCCUUGUGGAAGAAGCACAGCCCCCAACUGGUGGUUCACGUGGGAGUGUCGGGCAUGGCCACGACCGUCACCCUGGAGAAGUGUGGCCACAACGUGGGUUACAAAGGGUUGGACAACUGCCGGUUCUGCCCGGGCUCCCAGUGCUGCGUGGAGGGUGGGCCAGAGUGCAUCGACUCCAUCAUUGACAUGGACACAGUUUGCAAGAGGGUCUCAGCACUGGGGCUGGACGUGGCCGUCACCAUCUCCAAGGACGCCGGCAGGUACCUCUGUGACUUCACCUACUACACCUCCUUGUACCAGAGCCGUGGGAGGUCGGCGUUUGUCCACGUUCCCCCGCUGGGAAAACCUUAUUCCGCGGAACAGCUGGGCCGGGCCCUGCAGGCCAUCAUAGAGGAGAUGCUGGAUCUCUUGGAGCACUCCGAGGACAAAAUCAACUGCCAGCACGAACACUGAGCGUGGGCAGGGAGGCCAGCCUGGUAUUGCACUUCCAAAAUUUUUCCCCUGUUGCUGAAGUACUGGGGGGGAAAAAAAAA